GAGGACCCUCUGCUAUCCCGGGAGAAACGGCAUGUGAAGGUGGCUUUCACAGUGGGGGGAGGCGACGACACACUGCCCUUCCCCGCCCUGCCCUUCCUCCCUGGCCCCACCACCAACCCCGCCGGCACCACAGGCAGCAGCGUCAGCAGCGGCAUUGGUGGCAUUGGCGCCAUGAGUGGCAGCAGUGGCGGCGGUAUGGGCAGCGGCGCAUCGACGCCUGUAGGUUCUGGCAGUAGCAGCAGUCGUCGGCGUGGGGUUGCUGGCAGCAUUGGUGGGGGGAGCGGCUCUGCAGCAUCGUUCCAGGUGACAGCUUACUUCGCCAAGCAGUUUGACGCGCUCCGCCGCAAGUGCUGCUCGCCCUUCCCUCCUGCCCCCGCCCCAGCUGCUGGCUCAUCCGGCCAGCAGAAGGCUGCAGGGGAUGCAGGAGAAGGGGCAGCAGCGGGAACACCAGGGGCAGCAGGGGUAGCAGGGGCAGCAGCGGCGGCAGGGGCAGCGGCGGCAGGGGAAGGGGUGGUGGACGGGAGUGGCGAUGUGGAGUUCGUGCGGUCGCUGUGCCGCUGCAAGCGCUGGAGUGCCGAGGGAGGCAAGAGCUCCGUGUAUUUCGCCAAGACUGCGGACGACCGCUUCGUCAUCAAACAGGUGCAACGCAAGGAGAUCCUGGCGUUCCUGGACUUUGCCAACGACUACUUUAAGCACCUCUUUGAUGCCAUUGAGUCCGGCAACCCCUCCUGCCUCGCCAAGAUCCUCGGCCUCUACCAGGUGACAGCAAAGGGCGUGACUAUGGACGUGAUGGUCAUGGAGAACCUGCUCUACGGCCGUCGGAUCACCAAGCUCUACGAUCUCAAGGGCUCUCGACGCUCCAGAUACAACGCAGACCGCUCCAAGAGCAGGGUGCUGCUGGACGAAAAUCUCCUAGAGGCCAUGCCCACGUCGCCCAUCUUCGUGGGGAAGCGAUCCAAGCAGCUGCUGGAGCGGGCCGUGUGGAACGACACGGCGUUCCUUGCGAAGCACGCCAUAAUGGACUAUUCUCUCCUGGUGGGGGUAGAAGAGGAGCGAUCAACACUGGUGGUGGGGAUAAUCGACUUCAUCCGGCCCUACACGUGGGACAAGCAGCUGGAAACAUGGGUCAAGGCGUCUGGGCUGCUAGGGGGUGGCGGGGCGGGCAAGGACUCUACUCCGACGGUCAUAUCCCCUUCGAAUUACAAGAAGCGGUUCCGGAAGGCCAUGCAGACUUACUUUGUGAUGGUGCCGGAUCAGUGGGUGCCGCGGGUGCCGGAGAUUGCUACUACUGCUGCUGGUGUGGUCGUGCCUGCUGUGCUGCCGCCUAGGCUGGUCCAGCAAGGGGUGGAGCAGGAGCAACAGCAGAAGCAGAACGGGCAGCAGCAGCAGCAGCAGCAGGAAAUGAGGCAGCAGUAA